AUGAAAACCAGAAAGCUUAUCAAUUGGGCCAAAUGCUACCUUCUACUGCAGCUGCUGAUCCUCUUGUUAAGUCAGCAGCAGGCUCAAGGCAGGCGUUCCAGCGCACAACUGAAACGCCUGAAAGUGCAGUCACCCGCCCAAAUGCUUAAGGAAUAUACAACGCUCACCGCACUCAAUGGCAGCUCCGUGGAGCAGCUGGAGGAGGAGAGCAUUGUGUCCUGGACCGGCGCACGCAUACAGCAUGCACGCAAGUCGAGCUCAACUCGCGGACAAAAUCCGCGUCGGCGUAAAACCAAAAGUGGCCUGCUAAUUGAAAGUAACAUCAGCGCUGAGCCGACCGACCAGGCAGCUGCUUCCUCCGAGAUCAAUGCCAGCAGCAGCACUAGAACGGGCAAGAGAUCCAAACAGCGUGGACGCAACGGACGCCUCCAAAGAACGGAAAGCAAAUCGAAUACCAAUGAUUUGCGCCUGCGCAACACUCAACAGGCAGACGAGGCGAUUAAUUUUGGUGGGCUUUUCCCGCCGCUGUUCAAUGUCGCUCCCCGCGCAUCGAUUUCAGUGAACGCGACCUGUGGCCAAAAUGGAGCCGAGGAAUAUUGUAAAAUGGUGGAUGCGUUUCCGCAUCGAUCCAAAUACUGCGGCACCUGUAAUGCCUACAGCUCCGAUCGUGCCAAGCAGCGACCUAUUGAAUCGCUCAUUUCGCCCAGCUCCAGCUACGAGGAGAGCUGGUGGCAAUCGCCGACACUUCAGGGUGGCCGUCAGUUUGAGUAUGUGACAAUCACCUUGGAUCUGAAACAGACCUAUCAAAUAUUUUUUGUCAUGCUCAAAUCGGCAAACUCACCGCGUCCCGCUUCCUGGAUUUUAGAAAAAUCAAUCGACGGCAUUAAAUACGAGCCCUGGCAAUACUUUGGCUUAAGCGAUGCGGACUGUAAGCGACGCUACAAUCUGUCCGGCCGUAAUGGCAAAUAUAUAUUUAAAAAUGACACCGAAGUCAUAUGCUCAACUCAGUACUCAAAGCCGCUGCCGCUGGAGAAUGGAGAGCUGCACGUGUCCCUGUUGAAGAAUCGACCUGGCGCACAGGAGCAGACGCCGGAGCUGAUGCAGUUUAUCAGGGCGCGUUUUAUGCGCAUACGAUUGCAGGGCAUGCACUCCACAGCGAAUCUGGACAAUAGCGUCGAUUGGGUGCUCGACUCACAGUCGCUGGAGAAGCGCAGUUUCUACAGCCUCAAGCAGCUGCGUGUCAGCGCCCGCCUGGACUGUCACGGCCAUGCGAAUCGCACCCAGGAUGUACCAGGCAGCUCCAUGCUGCAGUGCGUCUGCCAGCACAAUGCGUGCGGCAUGCAGUGCGAGGAGUGCUGUCCACUGUUCCAGGAUCGUGCCUGGACGCCCGGCGGAGAUUGUGAGAUUUGCCAGUGUAAUGGUCAUGCGCACAGCUGCAGCUACGAUUCGUUUCUGGAGCGUGGCAUUUGUCAAAAUUGUGGCAACAAUACGGCGGGCAAUGAGUGUGAAUUCUGUGCCGGCGGUUUCUAUAGGCCCUUCGAUGCGGCGCCCAGUGAACCCUGUUUGCCCUGCGCCUGCAAUCCGCAGCGCUCGACGGGCAGCUGUGCGCCUGUGGGUGGCGCCUGUCAUUGCCUGGAGGGUUUUCAGGGUGCCCACUGCGAGGAGUGCGCCCCGAAUCACUAUGGCGACGAUUGUCGGCGCUGCGAAUGCGAUUUACGUGGCACUGUGGCGGGCAGCGCCUGCGCUGGAAGUUGCCAGUGCAAGGCUCAUGUGGAGGGCGAGACUUGCGCGGAGUGCGCCACGGGCUACUUCGACUUGACCGAGCAGAAUCCGGAGGGCUGCAGUCGCUGUUGGUGCUCGCACGUGUCGGACACUUGUCACAGCGCCAAGCUGCAAACGUUGGCCUUUGAGACGCUGAACGAUUGGCGGUUGACGGACAUACAGCGGGCACAGGCCAUCCCUGUGGCCAUGGAUGCGGAACAUAAGCGUCUGAUCUUUGGUAAUGAGCUGGACGAGGUGGAGGCGAUUUACUGGCAGGCGCCGUUGGGCUAUCUGGGCAAUCGAUUGACCAGCUACGGCGCCCGGCUACAGCUGCAGUUGUCCUGGGUGGUAAUGCGCGGCGAUACUUCAGGCAAGCCCACCACAGGUCCAAAUGUUAUUCUAUGCGGCAAGAAUGGCCUGAAAAUAGCCUAUGCGGAUGAGUCCUACGACAGCCUGGAUCUGGCGCUGAAUGUUACAUUAACGGAGCAGGGCUGGUAUCAUGUGCCGCCGGCGGUGAAGGAUAUCAAGACUAGACUGAGACGCACCGAGGGUGGCGACUAUCAUGGCGAGGUGGUGACCAGAUCACAGUUUCUCUCCGUGCUCGUCUCACUGGAUGCGCUGCUCAUACGCGCCGCCUACCACACAGAUCAGGUGGAGACUUCGCUGGAGCAUGCCAUUAUUUAUUCGGGCGGUUUUGAGCUGGGCGGCAGGGCCACAACGCAGGUGGAGCAGUGCAUUUGUCCAGCUGGCUAUACGGGUUUGUCCUGCGAGGGCUGCGCCUUUGGCUACAAACGCAUUUAUGAAAACUCUACGGAUCAUCAGCUGCUCGGCAAAUGCAUACCCUGCCCAUGCAAUGGACACUCGAACUCAUGUGAUCUGCAGAGCGGCAACUGUGGCGAUUGCAUGCACAAUACAUAUGGAGAGCGCUGCGAGCGUUGCCAGCUUGGUUUCUAUGGCAAUCCGCUGCAGGGCACGCCCCACGACUGCAAACGCUGCGCCUGCCCACUGCUGGAAGAGUCCAACAAUUUCUCGCCCAGCUGCCAGCUAAAGAGCUACAACUAUAUGGAUCUGAAUCCGCAAUUCGAACUGAUCGAGCAUGCGGAAUACAUAUGCACCCAGUGCCCGGAGGGCUAUACGGGCGACCAUUGUCAGGUGUGCGACGAUGGCUACUACGGCAAUCCUUUGGAAUUGGGCAGCAGUUGUCAGCGCUGUGAUUGCGAGGGUGGUCCGUGCAAUGUCACCAACGGUGCAUGCAUCACCUGCUAUGGCAAUACGGAGGGCUGGCGCUGUGAACGGUGCAAGCUGGGCUACUGGGGUGAUCCGGCUGUGGGCUGUGAGCCCUGCAACUGCUAUGCCGAUGGCUCAGAGAGCGGCCUCUGCGACAGCGCCGAUGGCCAGUGCCUGUGCCGGCCCAGAUAUGCGGGACAAAAGUGCAAUGAAUGCGACAUCGGCUAUGCCCAUAUCGAGCUGCAGUGCCUGCCCUGCAAUUGUGAUGCACUGGGCGCCGCUGUGCUGGACAACUGCAAUGCCAGCACCGGACAAUGCGAAUGCAAAUUGGGCGUCAUGGGCGUCAAGUGUUCUGAGUGCCAGGAUGGUUAUUUUGGCAUGAAUGUAAAUGCCGAACAGCUGGAAGAUUUGGCUGCACUGCGCCAGGCCGAGAACGAUGCCGACUGGGAAUUGAUAGGCGAGAAUGACGAUGAGCUCGAUGCUAUGGCCUGUGAGGUACAACAGCAGCUCGGUCAGCAGCAAAGGCGGCUGAAGAAUAGAUGA